AUGUCGUUUCUGAAGCAGAAAGACUUGACAUCGCAUCGAAAGGCACAAUCAGGGAAGCAUUACAAAGAAGAUGAUGACAUACAAAGAGCUCCUGUUGCAUUGGCAACAGUGAAACUGCUGCAGAAAAUGCCACAAACAAUUGUGGAUCAAAAUUUACAAGGUGUGGUUGUGAAGAUGUGUUCGCUGUUGAUGUCGCGUGCCAUCAGUGUGCGUGAAGUUGCCGGCAAAACACUUAUUGAAAUUGCCAGGACGCUUGGCCCGAAAUAUAUUUGUUUCAUUGUGCGGGAGAUGAAGCAGAACAUGAGGAAAGGAUAUCAGAUUUGCAAUAUGGAUGUGUUUGGCGAUAUCGCCGAUGAAAAAAGUAUCAGUGGAAUUACGAAGGAUGUUCCCGAAGCCAAAACACACCGUGCUUAUGAAACCUAUCGAUUGCUUGGUCGAUACGUGAGCGUGCAGUUUUCAGACAACAUACUAUCUUCUUUAAAAGAAGUCAGUUUGAUUUUUUCCUGUUCGAUAUUUCCUCCUGCUAAUUUCUUGCGACGACCACUUUACGGCUUCUUAGUGUCCAGUAGUCAGUGUUGCUAUGGGUGUACCAGGCACGAAGUUACUUUCAAAAUAUUUCCGACAGGCGUCUUUAUUCCUAGAACUAGGUGGCAGCUGUAG